AUGUCCAGCAACUGCCGCUCUGGAAACUUCUCCUCCAGCUCCCUGGGGAGCUGCCUGCGUUACUCAGCAUCUACCUGCAGCUCCUCUUACCCCAGCAACCUGGUCUACCGCACCGACACCUGCUCUCCCAGCCCCUGCCAGCUGGGAUCCUCUCUGCACACCGCCUGUGGGGAAACCAUCUGCCAGCCCAGCAGGUGCCAGGCCCCCUGCAUGGUGCCCAUCUCCUGCCAACCCUCCUGCUACCUCCCUGGGCCCUCCAGCCACUGCAGCCCUUGCCAGUCCCCCUGCUCCCGCCCCAGGCCCUCCACCCUCUGCAGCCCCUGCGGGUCCCUCUAUGCUGGGGCCAGGGGCUGGAGCAGCAGCAGCUGCUCCCUGGGCUAUGGGGCUGGAAGCCGCUACUCCGUGAGCUGUGGGCCCAGCGGCUUCAGACCCCUGGCCUGUGGGGCCAGUGGCUUCCCUUCUCUGACCUAUGGCUCUGCGUUCUGCCGCCCUUCCUACCUGACUUCCCUGCCCUGCCAGUCUUCUUGUUAUAGACCAAUCUUCGGAUCCGGCUGCUAAUGAUCAUCCCACCACUUCCUCUCUUUAUGUCCAAAUGUAAUCAACACUUCUCUUCUCAUGCUG